UUAAUCCAGAUCUCGAACCUGAAAUUAGACAUGAAACUGGUUCUUUAAUCAAACCAGUAAAACUGUGGACAAGAAUGGAUAAGCUUUUGUUAAUAUUUGGUGUCGUCAUUAACCUUGGAGAUGGAAUGGAAAUCUAUUUGCCUGGAGUGAUAACACAACAAGUUUCGUGCGAAAUUGAACUUUCUCCAUGGAAGGAAGCAAUACUGGACUGCAUACAGUACUCCACUUUAGCAGUUGCUGUCGCCUUCUCAGGAAUAUUGGCUCACAGGUUUGGGUGUAGAGUUUUGACUCUGUUUUCCCUCUAUUUGAGCGCUAUCAGCACAGUUGCCUGUGCUAUAGUAGCUAACUACACCACACUUCUCAUUUCUAGAGCCCUUAUCGGGUUUUCUCUUGGACUCAAUUUUUCCGUCCAUAGCGUCUUGAUUGCUGAGCUGAUCUCUAGUAAGAAAGUUCUUGACGAGAUGGUGAUGGCAUUGUUCAUAACGUACAGUGUCGGAGGAAUGUGGUCGGCGAUUCUGGGAUACCUGCUGUUAGAUGUGGUAGGAUGGAGGAUUUUCAUUCUUCUGACAUCAUUACCUUUCUUCAUACCACCCAUUUUCAUGCUCCACUUUAGUUCCGCGUUGACAUCAGGACAGAAAACGGGACAAACUGUGAAUGAGCAAAACCAAAAGGAGGAGAAGGAAACGGUGUCUGCGACUGUUCCAAAUUUUGUUGCCAGAACUACAAAACUAGGGUUGUUCGGCUUUGUGGUCUUCUUCCAGGGCUGGCUCACUAUUCUUCUCGUACCCACUUUAAUCCAGGCCUUCAAGACCAAGGAAGCCGAACCAAACAGUGACUGCUCAGUGACUGUGACUCAAGGAAAGGAACUCCUGCUACUGGCCCUCGUCACAUUUGCAGCUAUCCUCGGACGGUUAUUCAUGCACUUCACGAGGAAGAAAUUCAAUUUUCGCAAAUUUCAAGUGAUAGUUGCCAUACUGAACGUGGCGAGUUUUGGAGGCAUGCUUGCACAGGAUCAUCUUGCAGUAGUUGUAACAACCAACUUCAUCGUCAAGUUCUUGUAUGGGGUCACUGGUAUGGCCAAAGGUUACAUUCUCUACGACAUAGAUUACUUCGGAGCGGAGAUGUUUGCUCUUGGCUCCAGUGUUUCGCUUGCUAUGAACUUGGUUGGAGGUGCAGUUGGAACAGCUAUGGUGGCCUUUGCACCGCUACCUUCUGUUAUUAUCACUGCGUUAGUGCUCAGUGCUCUGCAGAUUCUGGUGGUUCUCUCAAUGACAGAAGUUCAGUAG